AUGGAGGACAGAAAAGCUAAUAUCAUCGCUGUUUCAUCGAUCAUCUUCCUCAUCGUUGUCAUCAUUGUCGCCCGAGUAGUUCUAGAUCUACAAAGAUCGUUUUUUCUAAUCGUCGGCGCCGCCGUUGCUGGUAUUUUAGCAGUCAUUGCUUUCUACUUCAUCCGGCGACAUCUCCACCACAGACGAACGAUGAUGGAAACUAGACUCGCAUCUGAAGGAAAAGAACUCCGAAUCGAGUAUAGCUUUCUCCGGAAAGUAGCCGGACUUCCGACGAAGUUCAGGUAUAAAGAGCUUGAGGAAAUCACCGACAACUGGAAAUCUUUAAUCGGAAGAGGAGCUUCCGCUUUUGUGUUCAAAGGAAUCAUGAAAGACGGCACCGCCGUCGCCGUGAAAAGGAUCCAACAUGAAGAGGAGAGGGGAGAGAAGGAGUUCAGGUCGGAGAUCGCCGCCAUUGCCAGCGUUCAACAUGUAAAUCUUGUUCGUCUUUUUGGGUACUGCAUUCAUAAUAAUUUACGAUUUCUUGUUUAUGAGUUCAUCCCGAAUGGGUCUUUAGCCAAUUGGAUCUUUUCACGACCACGUUUAACGACGAGGGGAAACGAUAUCGGCGGAGGUUGCUUGUCGUGGGAUCUCCGAUCCGCGGUUGCACUCGACGUCGCGAAAGCUCUCGCCUACCUACACCAUGACUGCCGGUCAAGAGUCCUCCACCUCGACGUGAAGCCGGAGAACAUCCUCCUCGACGAAAACCACCGUGCCUAUGUUUCCGACUUCGGAUUAUCUAAGCUAAUGACACGAGAUCAGAGCAGAGUUUUGACGACAUUACGAGGAACAAAAGGGUACUUGGCGCCGGAAUGGUUGUUAGAGCUCGGAGUAACGGAGAAAUCAGACGUUUUCAGCUACGGAAUGGUGUUGUUAGAGCUCAUCGGCGGGAGAAGAAACGUGACGGUGAUAGACACCGGCGGCACCGGUGACCGUUCAAAGAGAAAGUUUCAGUAUUUUCCGAAGAUAGUGACGGAUAAGUUGAAAUCAGGGAGGUUGAUGGAGGUGGUGGAUCAACGGCUGAUGGAUCUCGGAGGGAUUGAUGAGAAGGAAGUGAGGAAAAUGGUGCACGUGGCGCUGUGGUGCAUACAAGAGAAGGUGAGGCGGCGGCCGACGAUGUUGGAGGUGGUGAAGUGGCUGGAAGGGCGAGUGGCGGUGGAGGAGCCGCCGGAGACCCAGAUGAUAGUCGUUGACCUUUUGUCGAUAGAUGAUGAAGAUGAUGAAGGUGAAGGGCAAAAUGGUAAUAAAAGGAAAAAGCCAAAGAUAAUAGCUAGAGCUGCCUCCCAAUUAAAUGGUUGCUUGACUACUAGUACCAAUUCUUUGCAAUCAAAAUCCUUUUCAACAAGAACACACAAACACGCACUGCUUCCAUUGGUGACUCCGUUCGACUAUCUGCAGGUUUUUUUCUUGGUUGCUGUAUAA